AUGAAGACAUUCAUUGGGAUCGGUGGACUCGCAUCUUCAAUUCUGGCUUCUGGUGUUGCUGCCGGGCCUUCUCCUGUGCUAGCUGAGCGGACAACGAGCACAUUGACCCCUAUUACAGUGACUGGGAACGCAUUCUAUCAAGGUUCAGAACGGUUCUACAUCCGUGGUGUAGACUACCAACCAGGAGGAGGAGCAGGCGUCGAGUCGGACCCUAUCGCCAAUAUUAAAGACUGCAACCGUGACAUUCCGUACUUCACUAAGCUUGGCAUUAACACCAUCCGCGUGUACGCAAUCGACAACUCCAAGAACCACGACGAUUGCAUGAAUGCUCUAGCGGCUGCGGGAAUCUAUCUCAUUCUUGACGCUUCUACUUCCAAGUACUCCUUGAAUCGCGCAGACCCCCAAAGGAGCUACAACAGCGUGUACCUGCAGUCCGUCUUCGCUACCAUCGAUGCCUUUCACAAUUACAGCAAUACUCUCGCGUUCUUGUCUGGCAACGAGGUGAUCAAUAAUGCGACUAACACAAACUGUGCGCCGUAUGUCAAGGCUGUAACGAGAGAUAUGAAGCAGUAUAUUCGCAGCAGAGGAUACAGGGCUAUUCCCGUGGGUUACUCGGCGGCGGAUGUCACAGAGAAUCAGGAGGCUAUGGCGAACUAUAUGAACUGCGGCACCGUUGAGCAGAGAAGCGACUUUUAUGCUAUCAACGAUUAUUCCUGGUGUGAUCCUUCGUCCUUCACCACCUCUGGAUGGAAUACUUUAGUGGCCCAUUACACCGGCUUCGGCAUCCCUCUUUUUAUGUCCGAAUACGGUUGCAUCACCAACGGCCGCACUUUCCAAGAAGUAGCCACCCUCUAUUCUACAAACAUGACUGCCGUCUUCAGCGGCGGUCUUGUCUACGAGUACUCGGAAGAGGGGAACGGCUACGGCCUCGUAUCCAUCUCCGGCGACACCAUCUCCACCAACUCCGACUUCUCGUAUCUUUCGUCUGCUUACGCAGCAGCUACCAACCCCUCUGGUAACGGAGGCGCAACAUCCACGUCAGCAUCUACCACUUGCCCGACGGAAUCUGCGGACUGGCAAGUUGCGAACAAUGAUCCGGUGGCAAUCCCAAGUGCGGCAGAGAAGUUCAUGAGUAGCGGUGCUGGAACUGGGCCGGGUCUGGCAGGGGCCGGGAGCCAGGAGGCCGGUAGCGUGGAUGAUGAGAGCUUGGGGACUGCAAGUGCUGGGUCGAGCACUGUGACUCCGAUGGCGACAGCGAGCGCGAGUGCUACACACAAGAAGAACUCUGGCGCGAAAAUUCCGGCCAUGGACGGGCAGAUGCUGUUUGCCGUUGCUGUUGUAGUCUUUUCUGCAAUGAGUGGGACGCUGCUGCUAUGA